ACAGCGCCAUCCACACCUCCAGCGGCUUCAUCGGUGACAAUGAGACAGCUGUGGAAACCUACGCGUACAGCCUUCCAGGCUCUCCAACGGUCUAUACUGCCAUCGUAGACCGCAAAGCCUGUAUGGCAGUGCAGAUGACCUUUAAUAGUGGCGCCGCAGUUCCCGACAGUGGGGAUUUGGGCAGCCUGCAGGUUUCUGACGUCACAAUGGGCAUCAAGGACCCGUCCAUCUUCACCCCUCCUAAAUCUUGCGAUGGGCUGGAGGAAGAGGUAAUUCGAGUCUUCGUAUUUUGA